AUGCAAAAUAAAAUUGAUCGGCUAGAGACAGAGAAUGGUGGACUUAACACAGUGGUGGAGGAGUUGCAGGCGUUUAUGCAUAGGAUGAUGGCACAACAGGGUGUUGGGACAUCCACUCAAACAUCUGCUCCUCCGGCACCUCCAGCUCCGUCUCCACAGCAGCAGCAUGAUGAUGCCCCUAUCAUUGGUAAUCAUCAUACAGACAGUGAUGAUGAUACAGAUGAUGAGCUUACUAGUUUAGGGUUUAGACAGGCACUUGAGGACAAUAAUCUUGUUAAAAUACCCACUGUUGGCUCUUUCUUCACAUGGAAGAAGGGCAGGGAGUCGAAUAAUCUGGUUAGAGAGAAGCUUGAUAGAGCCCUUGCUACUGAGGACUGGGCUCAUAAAUUUACUAAUGUUGUCUACUCGAUUGUUUAUGUUCCUAGAUCGGAUCACAAACCGUUGGUGAUUAAUUCAGCUCCUAAGGAUAAUAGGGGAGAUAGAAGGAGAUUUCGAUUUGAUAAUGCAUGGUUAGGUGAUGAGGUUCUGGCUGAGGUUGUUAAAGGAGCUUGGGUUAAUUCUAUACCACGCAACCUUUUGAUGAAACGUGAUGAUUUAGUUUCUGCUCUUUCGUUGUGGGGUAGGAUUAGAAAUAGAGAGUUUUGGCAAAAGAAGAAGACUAUACAGAGAUCAUUGGAUAAUGGGUCAAGUACUGUUUCUCACGCCUUUUUAAAGGAAGAUUGGAAUCGUCUCCUUGAGCAGGAAGAAGCUAGACUUAAACAGCAGGCGAAUUCUGUGGAUUGUGAAUGGGUUUUUGAGUUGGUGCCGCCCUUGAUUAGUGAUGCAGAUAAUGCUAAUCUUUGUGCUCCCUUUUCAAAUGAGGAAUUUAGAGCUGCUCUUUUUCAGAUGCAUCCAAAUAAGGCACCUGCAUUUUACCAGAGAUUUUGGCACUUGAUUGGCAAUGAUGUUUUCGAUGGUUGUCGCCUAUGGCUUCAACAAGGUACUUUUCCUUGUUCUCUUACUGAAACAUUGAUUGUUUUGAUCCCUAAAGUGGAUAGCCCUGAAACUGUUAAAGACUUUCCUCCAAUUGCGUUAUGUAAUGUGUUAUAUAAGAUUGUGGCUAAAGUUUUGGCAAACAGAUUUAAAAGGGUCCUUCCUAUGAUUAUCUCUGAGAAUCAGUCUGCCUUUAUUCCUCAUCGGCUGAUUACCGAUAAUGUUAUGGUUGCGUUUGAAAUGAUACACAAUAUGAAAAUUAAUAAGGGCAUAAAUAAUGGUAACUGUGCACUUAAAAUUGAUAUUUCUAAGGCUUAUGAUAUGGUAGAGUGGGAGUUUCUAAAAGGCAUGCUGAAACGAUUUGGUUUUUCUACUCAAUGGAUUAGGUGGUUGACUAUGUGCUUUUCGGAAGUCCCUUACAAUAUCAAUUUUAAUGGUGAUUGGAUUGGUCCUAUUGUGCCUGGUAGAGGUCUUCGACAGGGGGAUUCUAUUUCUCCAUAUCUCUAUCUGGUGUUUGCGGAAGAUGAUUUUCUGCUAUUUUUUAAUGCUAGACUGGAUGAAGCAGAUAAUAUUAAAUCUAUUCUCAAUACCUAUGCGGCUGCUUCUGGACAAGUAGUGAACUUCAACAAAUCUUGCAUUUUCUUCAGUCCCAAUGUGGUCUCCUCUGUAAGGUCUAAUAUCAGUAAUAUCCUGGAUGUUCAUUCACCAUUGAGUCAUAAUGCCUAUCUGGGGUUACCUUCUCUUAUUGGGAGGAACAAAAAAGCAAUUUUUGAUUUUCUGAAAGAAAGAAUGUGGAAGAGGAUUAAUUCAUGGAGUAGCAGAUUCCUAUCUCUAAAGCAGACAGGGAGUGAAACAGAGGAAGGUGUAGAAUCUAAAGAGGAAGAGGAAGAAGAAGAUGGCGACGGGGACGACGACGGUGACGAAGAUGACGACGGCGAAGACGACGAAGACGAUGAUGAGGGGGGCGAGGACGACAAAGACGACGAGGUUCAGGUCUUACAAUCCUCCAGAGGGCCACCGGUUCAGUCGGCGGAUGACGACGAGAACGACGACAACGAGGAUGACGAUGAAGAUGACGAUGGUGAAGGCGGAGACGACGAUGACGAUGACGAUGACGAUGACGACGACGACGAGGAGGAAAAUGAUGACGAGGAUGAAGACGGUGAAGAAGAGCUGAAGAAGUAA